CUCAAGGCGGUACACUUUACCACUUCAACAAUAAUGUCUGGACUCAACGCUGCUCGCAACGUGCUCCGCACCUCUGUGGCCUCUGCCUCGCGCAUGGCCCCGACCCGUGCGCUGCGUACUGUGCGGGGUGGUGGCUCUGGUGCUGCUGGUAAGGAGGGUGGCUCGUUCAUCGAGAACAUGCCCGGUGAGUACCUUGUCCUCUCGGUCCUCGCUGGCUGGGCCGUCGUCAUUGUCGGCGCCAAGAAGAUCUUCGGUGGCUCCAAGGAAUAAGCUCGCGCGUCUGUCUUUGCCCCGCCCCCUCUCUCUCUCCUCCCCUUCCCCUUACACAACGCCGCCCAUCUGCGUAUCCCGCACUACUGCUGGUGUUGAGUAAAUGCUGUUCGCAUACAUAUAUGCACGCCCGUG